UUGGAGUUGAUGUACUCUCCAAAGCAUACAGCCAAGAGGGAGUCCAGAGAGAAGAAAGAAGGGCCGGUGGAUGAGGCAGAGGUCCUCAUAGUGAAGAAAACCCAGAAGGGCAAAAAACCGUCCCUUUUGCUGGCGAUGUGCCAUACCUUUGGGCCCUACUUUCUGAUCAGCUUCCUCUACAAAUUCAUCCACGACAUUCUCAUGUUUGUCGGGCCUGAGAUUCUCAAGCAGCUGAUCCUCUUUGUAAAAGACUCCAACGCCCCUUACUGGCAGGGCUAUUUCUACACGGUGCUGCUGUUCGUCUGUGCCUGCCUGCAGACCCUCAUCCUGCAGAAGUACUUCCAUGUGUGCUUCGUGACGGGCAUGAGGCUUCGCACCUCCAUCGUGGGGGCCGUCUACAGGAAGGCUCUGAUCAUCUCCAACGCUGCCCGCCGCACCUCCACGGUGGGGGAGAUUGUGAACCUGAUGUCCGUGGACGCCCAGCGGCUUGUGGACCUGAUGACCUACAUCAACAUGAUCUGGUCAGCACCUCUGCAGGUGGUCCUGGCUCUCUACUUCCUCUGGCAGAGUCUGGGGCCCUCUGUGCUGGCAGGCGUGGCAGUGAUGAUCCUGAUGGUGCCGGUGAACGCAGUGAUCGCCAUGAAGACCAAGACCUACCAGGUGGCCCAGAUGAAGAACAAAGACAACCGGAUCAAGCUGAUGAAUGAGGUUCUGAACGGGAUGAAGGUGCUGAAGCUGUAUGCUUGGGAGCUGGCCUUCAAGGGCAAGGUACUGCAGAUCCGGGAGGGCGAGCUCAAGGUGCUGAAGAAGAGUGCAUACCUGGCAGCCAUGUCCACCUUCACCUGGGUCUGUGCCCCUUUCCUGGUAGCACUGUCGACCUUUGCCGUCUACGUCCUGGUGGAUGAGAACAACAUCCUGGAUGCCGAGAAGGCCUUUGUUUCCCUAGCGCUCUUCAACAUCCUGCGGUUCCCUCUCAACAUGCUGCCCAUGGUCAUCAGCAGCAUGGUGCAGGCGAGCGUGUCUCUGAAGCGGCUGCAUGUCUUCUUGUCUCAUGAAGAGCUGGAGGAGGACAGCGUGGACAGGAAAGCGAUCACUGGCUCCUCUGACAGCAUCUCCAUUGUGGACGGGAUGUUCAGCUGGUCAAAAAAUGCUCCCCCCUCUCUAAAAAGGAUCAACGUGUCCAUCCCUGAGGGUGCGCUGGUGGCCGUGGUAGGUCAUGUGGGCUCUGGGAAGACCUCCCUGCUCUCCGCACUGCUCGGGGAGAUGGAGAAACAGGAGGGCUUAGUCUCUGUCAAGGGCUCGGUGGCCUAUGUGCCCCAGGUGGCGUGGAUCCAGAACGCCACGCUGCGGGACAACAUUGUGUUUGGGCAGGAGAGGAAGGAGCGCUGGUACCAGCGAGUGGUGGAGGCCUGCGCGCUCGUGCCUGACCUGGAGAUCCUGCCUGCGGGGGAUGAGACUGAGAUUGGGGAGAAGGGUGUAAAUCUUUCCGGCGGUCAGAAGCAGCGGGUCAGCCUGGCUCGAGCCGUGUACUGCGACUGUGCCGUCUACCUGCUGGAUGACCCCCUGUCUGCGGUGGACGCCCACGUAGGGAAACACAUCUUUGACAAGGUCAUCGGACCCAAGGGGGUGCUGCAAAGCAGGACCCGGCUGCUGGUGACCCACGGGCUGAGCUACCUCCCGCAGGUGGACCUCAUCCUGGUGCUGGUGGACGGGGAGAUCACAGAGAUGGGCUCCUAUGAGGAGCUGCUGAACCGACAAGGCGCCUUCGCCGAGUUCCUGCACACAUACGCCAGCGCAGAGCAGAACAGAGGGGAGGAAGAAGAAGGGAGUGUGAAGGAGGAGGAGGAACAGGAAGAUCUGACCAGUCCGACAAGUAAAGAUUUGAAAGUAUUAGAGAAUGGCGCUCCUGCAACUCUCCUCAGGCCACGAAGUGCAGGCUCCGGAGAUGGUAUGGACUCCGGCAAACACAGCAGCAGCAAUGAGGUGUCUGGUAAACACAAACCAGGGGCCAGCAACGAGGCUGGAAAACUGACUGAGGCAGACAAGGCCCAGACUGGCAAGGUGAAGCUGUCAGUCUUUUGGGAGUACAUGAAGGCAAUCGGACUCUUCCUGUCCUUUCUCAGUAUCUUCCUCUUCUUUUGCCACCACUUCUCCUCCCUUGCCUCCAACUACUGGCUGAGCCUGUGGACCGAUGACCCCAUCAUCAACGGAACGCAGCCCCACACUGAAAUGCGCCUGGGCAUCUACGGAGUGCUGGGGCUCUCUCAAGGCGUGGCCGUGUUCAGCUACUCGAUGACCGUGUCGAUCGGGGGGAUCCUGGCCUCGCGACACCUCCACCAGUCCAUGCUGCACAACGUGCUGCGCUCACCCAUGAGCUUCUUCGAGCGCACGCCCAGCGGGAACCUGGUCAACCGCUUCUCUAAGGAGACAGACACCAUCGACUCGGUCAUCCCCGGCAUCAUCAAGAUGUUCAUGGGCUCUCUGUUCAACGUGCUGGGCUCCUGCGCGGUGAUCCUCGUAGCCACGCCCAUUGUCGCCGUCAUCAUCCCGCCCCUCGGCCUGCUCUACUUCUUUGUGCAGCGUUUCUACGUGGCCUCGUCCCGGCAGCUGAAGCGUCUGGAGUCAGUGAGCCGCUCGCCUGUGUACUCCCACUUCAACGAGACCCUGCUGGGAGCCAGCGUGAUCCGCGCCUUCCAAGAGCAGUCGCGCUUUAUCAGGGAGAGCGACAGCAGGGUGGACCACAACCAGAGAGCGUAUUACCCCAGCAUUGUGGCCAACAGGUGGCUGGCAGUGCGCUUGGAGUUUGUGGGGAAUUGCAUCGUCUUGGCUGCGGCUCUGUUUGCCGUUGUCGCCAGAGACAGUCUGAGCCCAGGCAUCGUGGGGCUCUCCAUCUCCUACGCACUGCAGAUAACAGCAUCUUUAAACUGGCUUGUUCGGAUGUCAUCUGAGCUGGAGACCAACAUUGUUGCUGUGGAGAGAGUGAAGGAGUACUCCGAUACAGAGAAAGAGGCGGUGUGGAGGGUGGAGCAGACGGCGCCCCCCCCGGCCUGGCCCACACACGGACACAUCGACAUACGAGACUUCGGCCUCCGCUAUCGAGAGGACCUGGAGCUGGCCCUCAAGAACAUCAGCUUCACCAUUGAAGGAGGAGAGAAGGUGGGGAUUGUGGGGAGGACAGGGGCAGGGAAGUCGUCUCUGACGCUGGGUCUGUUCCGGAUCAUCGAGCCGGCGCAGGGGAAGAUCCUCAUUGACGGAGUGAACAUCGCUGAGCUGGGACUGCAUGACCUGCGCUCCCGCAUCACCAUCAUCCCGCAGGAUCCUGUGCUGUUCUCGGGCACCCUGCGGAUGAAUCUUGACCCCUUCGAUGCGUAUUCCGAUGAGGAAGUCUGGAACUCUCUGGAACUCGCUCACCUCAAGAACUUUGUGUCGGGGCUCCCAGACAGACUGAACCACGAGUGUUCGGAGGGAGGGGAGAACUUGAGCUUGGGGCAGCGCCAGCUGGUGUGUCUGGCUCGGGCUCUCCUUCGGAAAACCAAGAUCCUGGUACUGGACGAGGCAACGGCAGCCGUCGAUCUGGAAACGGACAACCUGAUCCAGUCGACAAUCCGCAGCCAGUUUGAGGAGUGCACCGUCCUGACCAUCGCUCACAGACUCAACACCGUCAUGGACUAUACCAGGGUCCUGGUCCUAGAUAAUGGUCAAAUUGUGGAGUUUGAUUCUCCAGCCAGCCUUGUUGCCAAGAAAGGAAUCUUCUACAAAAUGGCCAAAGACUCUGGCUUGGUGUAACUGCAGGGUAAGGGGUAAGAUCAGCAGCAUUGUCUGAACUGGAUCCUGCUGUCGGAAUGGUAGUUUCAUUGUCCCUGCAGGCCAGCGGCUUUCGAGAACCAGGGAGAGAUGCUCCCCACCCCAACCACGGUCUUCUUUCUUUCUCUUUCUCGCACUCUCGCAGUAUGGCACGUUGAUGUCCCUCCACGUGCUGUCUAUGCACUUGGUUGUCGCCUGCAUGGAUUCAUGUCUCUCCAUUGUCCAGUAGAAGGAUUCUUGGUAAUGAUCCCUGCUAUGCAGUUCUUUUUAUAGUACACAGUAGAAACAAGUGUAAGGCAGUGGCUCCCUGCUUCAGUCCACACUCCUAGUCUAGGUUUUUCAAAUGGCCCUAAAUACUUCUUUGAGAAAGCCAGCAGUCCUACCCUGUGUGACUUUAAUAGGCUUGUACAAUAAAUAAAUAAUAAUCACUUAAAAAAAAAAACAAAAAAAAACAAAAAACAAAAAAACAGCUGGCUAAAAAUAAAAUACUUACUGUUAGUGUACCUGGUGGGAGCAGGAUUGUAAGCCACUGGUAUUUUAAGGUACUUGCAUUGUCCUCCAAUUAAUAUUGAUCUUUGCUGUCCAUGACAAUUCUUGGCCAGUAAGUGGUGCUAUUGGUACAUAGUGCUUGGGUUGGGGAAGAAGGAUGUCAGAUCAUUUAACAAUGCAAGUACCACCAUACUUUGUAAAAAUGAAAAAAAAAAAAAAAAAUUAAAAUAGAUAUGUACACUAGUGAGCAAGAAGCAUUACUAACUUAGUUUUUUUGUGCAGUUGUCUGUGACGUAAGUCAUACUUCUGAUAAUGCAGUCUAUACAGCUUAACUUUAAUUUAUGCUUGCUUUGCAUUUAGUGGUGAAAAGACUUAGGGAUUGUCUUCUCCAAAUGAAAAACCAAAAGUCCAAAUUGCAGGUAACAAAAACCUGAGCAAGCCCACACCGUUUCUGUCAGUUUUAACCAAAAUAUCAAAGUCAGUUUUGUCGAAAGUGCAGUAUAGCUAGCAUACGUGAGUGUGUGUGUGUGUGUGUGUGUGUGUUUCUGUUUCUAUUCUAGCUGCUUUUGGGGGCUCGGUCUCUGAUUCUGUGGCUGGUAUUUCUCCUCUCCCCAGUGGGAGAGCUGUGGAGGCAUUGGCUACUCCUGCUGGAACUGCCUGUCCCUCCCAUCUCGCAGUGGAGCUAUGGGGACCAAUGCAGCUGGUGCAUCCUCGAGCAUGCUCUCUCAAAGGGUAUACCUUCCACAGUCCAGACUGACAUGUCAUCGUGAGCUCUGAACACACAAAUAAUCCUGAGCUUUCAAGCAAAGAUAAAGGAUAUUGUACAUCCCACAUUGAAAAGCCAUUUCAAUCUUGCGCUUUAAACACAGGAAAAUAAGUACACGUCUAUUAUGGAUGCAGCAGGCUUCUAAUACCACGGUUUUCAGAUGGAGAUUACUUAUAUAAAAAUUCUCCGCAAUUAAGUGGACAUUAUAGUUCUAAUUUUAUUUAUUUUUUUGUAAUCCCGCUGGUGUAUUUCAGUGUUAUAUCUGAUGAAUUGUUAGAUCCCUGUAUCAUAUUAUUCUUGAUUGUAUUUCCACAAUGUAUUGUGUAUCAUCAUUUCAUUCAUUGUCAUCUUGGAUAUCUGUUACAAGAAAGAAAAACUAAAGAAAAUGGCAUUUACUUUUACACUUUUGUUACUGUAUAUAGAUUCAGAUGAAUAUUUAUUAUUAUUAUUAUUAUUAUUACGUGUACAGCUAUGGCCAAAAUGUUCGCAUC